AUGUGGAUAGUGGAAAUUUCAAGUACUAAAUUUGUUCUCCAUAUUCUGCAAUAUUCUGAAGACUUUGAUAUAUUUGUGUUGCUAUGCUUAAAAUGGUACAUCAAAGGUGUUAGCUAUACCAGGAAUGAAGAUGACUACAACCACUCGUUGACAGCCAUUAAACAUGUUUUCACCACUAAUUUUCAAAGCAGCAGUCCUUGUCAUCGCAUCUCCUCCAGAGACUCCUACGCUAUUUCCCCGGUGAAAGAUCAGAUGGCCACCGGGCUGUUGUGGAAAUGCAGACCGAGAGAGGAGUGCAACCAAUUAGAAUGUAAGAUCGGACCUACGCGAAUGGAGCAAGGUUAUCUGCCAGUAUUCGACCCAAGAGAAGAGGAAAAUUGCAUCGCCAAUGCCGUUCAAGUCAUCAAGAGAAGGAACACAGUGUGGAAUUAUAUGGAUAAAUAUUUGCCCGUUUUCUUCCCAAAACACUUGAUGAUUUCUCAUUUCUGUGGACAUAAAGACUGUCUGAAAUAAUGGAUUUUUGCAAAAGUUACAACUGGAAAGUAAUGUGAAUUAUACUGCAACUCCUUUCUAUAAAAGUGCAUCAAGAGACAGCAGUCACCAACAAUGAAUAUCGCUUGGAUCGGUCUACCAUGACCAUCUAGCUA